AUGAAACAAAUUAUUAUCAAUUUCUCAGAACUCAAUGAUGAUGCCAAAUAAAAAUAUAUCAACUUUCUAGCUCAAAGCAAUAUAAGUAUAGAAAAACAAACAAUUAAGAAACCUACUAUGCCAUAAUAACACAGAGCUAGGUUAUACAGUACUAAUACUGAUAUUGCUAAUUUUAAGUCUAAUACUCCUACAAGUACAUCAAAUGUUAUUCUAUAUUUAAUUAGAAUCUAAAACUUAUAUUUCUACUCAUCAUAAAACAGAUCAUUCUAUUGGGACCAAAUUUAAUGAUCUUCAUGACUCCUAUCCUACUAUCAUGAGUUUAAUAUCCAAUUAAGAUCUCCUUUCAAGACCACUUAAAUUUAAUUUUAAUGAUCUUAAUCUUCUCAUUGAAGAAAUAUAUUAAAGAAAAUUUAUUGAUGAUACUAAUCAAAUCACUAAAUAACAAAAUGUAUGUAACACACCUUUUGCAGAUUAUGUCUAUAAUUUCUUAAUUUAUAAAUUUAAGCAUUCCAAAAAUUAAGUAUUAAACUUCACCUAUUAUUAUUAAGCAAAUUAUCAAUUUCCUUUCAUCAGUUGAUUUACAUUCACUUAAGAAAAAAGAAAUUGCUCUUUUUUAAUCUUUUUUAAGGUAUCAUAGAUAAGAAGCCUUAACUUUCUAUUUAUUUACAAGAGCAGUUAUCUAAAAAGAACUUAAACUCUCUUUUUAUCAUCGUAUUAUUUACAUUUUUAAUUACUAUAGCACUUCGCAAGUAAUCUAUAGAUAGUGAGUUGUUAUAAUUAAAUUAAAAGUAAGUUUAAUAAAUAUUGCAACUUCUAUUUAAUAGUUAAGAAAGAUACUAAGAUUUCAAAAUGUACUUUAAUGGAAAUUCUAUAUCAGUGAGUGAUUUUUCUUCAGUAGCAUUACAUAUUUAUGAAAUUCAACAUUAAACACAUAAAUAAAAACCAUUUUAAACAUAAACAAAAAAUGUUCCUCCACUUAAAUUAACUAAUAUAACACAUAAUUUUGAUUAAUUUUAAAUGGAUUCUCCUUUAUUUGCAUAAUCUGAAGUUGCAAUAGAUUAAAACUAAUAACAAGAAAAGUUCUGUGCAUCCACUAGUUAAAGUUAACAGAAUAGCAAUUAAAAAUAAAAAGAAAUAGAAGUGUAAUUUAAAUUUAAAAAAGGCAAUGAAAAUUUAAAUUUAAUUUAAUAAAGUAUAAAUCAAAAGUUGGAAAUAAAAUUGUCAAGUUUUAUCUAAGAUCUACUUACAGAUAUGGGAAAUCUAAAUUACGAAUAGAAAUUCUAAAGUUUAGAAGACUUAUAAAAUAGUAUAGAUGGAAUUAUGAUGACUCUUUUGGAUGCUAUUUACAAAUUUGAUAAAUUAUUAUGGUACCCUUAAUUGUUGUUAUAAAGGUUUAAAAGAUUGAACAAACAGCCAGAUGAAGUAGGACUAGAAUACAUUGAAAAUCUUCAAAAGAUGUAUAGAAGUUUGAGUAAAGGAAAAUAAGCUUAAAAUGAUGAGUUAGAAUAAUUUUGUUGUUUAUUGAUGCAAGUAUUGAUAUAUAUUAUAUGAAGACUCCAGAUUUGGCAAAAUUAAUAGAAAGUGAAUUACCUUGGUUAGGAGGAUGA